GAAUUCAGAAUUUACGUCGCACGCUGGUAAUUUCGGUGAUGCUUUGCAAACGCAAGUUGAUCCACGAACGGGACAGUUCACAGUCAACUUUCCAGUCGCCUCUUUAGUUGGCAACAAUCAAUUGGGUCCGGAUCUGUCUCUCUCAUUGAGAUAUUCACCCCUCAACUCGGCAAACGAAGGCUUCGGACAUGGUUUCACUCUCGGUCUCACGCAAUUCAACGAUCGCACCCAUUUGCUUCAACUUGCUAACGGAGAGCAAUAUCGCGUUGAUCCUGGCUCUGUCAACAUUCAAGCCAAGAAACUUAACAAUUUUCUGUUCGUCUAUACAAAUGGCAAUGACGAUGAUGAUGGUUACACUGUGUAUUGGAAGGAAGGCAAAGUGGAGAAGCUUACGAAAACGGAGGAUGGUAAUCGCUUUGUGCCAACCACGAUUUUUUCACCGCUUGGCCGUCGGUUGACUCUCGAAUGGGAUUGGAGUGGUCAAUUGUCGCGAUUGUCUCAAGUCAAAGACGAAUAUCGAACCUUGUGCGACAUUACUUACAACGCGUCGAUUCUACAAACAUCGAUAACCGUUUGGCCCAACACCAAGGACGAAUAUACGGUGGAGUUUGAUUUUAUCAACGAUCAAUUGGACACCGUUUCACGGCAGGUUUUUGGUGCAAAGAAACUCACAUGGAAUUUCAUCUAUGAUCAACUCGUUGACAUCAUUGAUUUCGGGACGAAAUUAACAUUGACCCGUGUAGAAUAUCCAACUGGUAUGAGAGAUGAGGUGGAAUAUAACGUACGAGAAGGAUUGAAACUUCCUGAUCAAUCGAAUCGGAAUUCCACUGUGCCAGCCGUGCACACUCAUACUCGUUACCUGGGCAGCAAUCAGCCGGAGAUGGUGAUUCAAUACGAAUAUACAACUCAAAAUUUCCUCGGCUUCAAUGGUGAUUAUGACGAAUGGUCGGCUGAUAGAGACUACUUAUACCAAACGCUCACCGAUUACACUUACGGUUCGACGGAAACUGUGACGAGUGGCCAAGAAACUGUAACCACCGAACGGGCAUACAACAGCUAUCACUUGAUGAUAUCUGAAGAGGUCAAGAGACAAAAUUGUACAUAUCGCACUGAAUACACUUAUCAUGCCAAGCCUUAUGAUAGCAUAGAGGCACAACCCGCGCAAUUCCAGUUGCCAAAGGAGAAGAAAGAGAUUUUCAUCGACGAAAAUAAGCGUACUCGUACACAGAUCACGAAAACUGAGUUUGACACCAGUGGCAAUCCAACGAAAGAAAUCAGCCCCGACGGAACAGAGACUCGAACAACGUGGUACUCGGCAAACGGUGAAAACGGUUGCCCUGCCGAACCGAAUGGCUUUGUCCGAUUUAUAAAGGAACAGAAAACUAUUCCCCGGCGCAUCAGUGGUUCGGAGAAAGAGGUUUCCAGAAAAUAUACGUACACAAAACUAGGGAAUACAAACUAUGUCGUUCAGGAUACUGAAUUGGGCUAUCAUGAUGGAGUGCUCUUAGAUCGACGAUCAACUGCAUACAAUAGUCAACAAGGAGGUGCUGAAUUCGGGCGCAUCACUGAAAUUAUCGAUUUAUUGUAUGAUUUGAACGACAGAACAAAAUCCUAUGCAAACAUAAAGAGAUUCACAACGGAGGUGAAAGAUGGCGAAAUGACACAAACCAUCCACUUCAGCGGUCACGAUGGCCUUCAAACCAAUUCGACACGACGACAAUCCAUUUUCAAUGGUCGUGUGUACAGCGAUAUUUCGUCUCAAGGAAUCGAAACUCGGUACAGUUAUGAUGCCAUGGGUCGAUUAAUACAUAGAACUCUAUGUCCCGGUUCUGCUUACGAACACAGCACCACAUUUGAAUAUGGUAUUGAUCCGCAGGGGCCAUAUUCAAUCGAAACCGAUCCAACGGGAAAUAAAAGUAAAACACGAUUCGACGGAGCUGGUCGUAUAAUCAACAGACAAAGAUUCGAUGCAGAUAAAUCGGAGUGGUUCAAAAUAUUUUCCAAAGAUCACAAUUCGCUGGGUGAAUCCGUCAAUAGUACGGUAAAUGAUUGGCUGAUAGGUAGCUCUGGCAAAGCUACUAACUUCCCUUUAAGUGCAACUACCUCAUUUGAUGGUUGGGGAGAAAUGAAGAGUGUUGCAUUCUCAAACGGAAAGACACAGCAUCAACAAACUGACCAAAUCAAUCUAAUUCACACAUCUUAUGAACAAGGGAACAUAAACAACGAACGUUUGACCAGCGGAAGUUUCAUCAAUGCAUACGAUACAAUCAAUGGAAAUCUAAUCAGUAAAACGCUGAAGACGGUUUCGGGUGAAGUGCACAGCACAAUUCAACUUACAUGGGAUGGAUUGGGUCAAUUGCUCGAGGAACAAGAUGAAAUGGGCGCUGUGACAAAAAGAACGUAUGAUGAAUGCGGACGAGUUAUAACGCAAACAUUGCCAGAUGGUACUAUCGUACGGCGGACAUAUGCACCACAUUUAGGUGGAAACGAGAUUGCAUCGAUCAGUGUCACGGGCUCAGACGCCAGCGGAAGAACACGAACGUGGUUAUUGGGAACACAAACAUUUGACAGUUUGGGAAGAUUGAAAGAGCGCGUUAGUGGAGGCAGAACCACUUCGUACACGUAUCAAGGUGUAUCUCCGAAGCCAUCGACUGUGACAAUGCCAUCCGGUAAAACUCUACACUACACAUACAUUCCCGAGCUAGACUAUGCGAUCAGCAGCAUGACGACUGAUGGUAUUACACAAACCUACAGUUAUGACAAAGGGACGGGAAAAUUGUUAUCAGCUUCUGAGUCGCCGUCUACAAUUCAUUAUACUUGGUCUAAGGACGGACGUUUGACAGAGGAAAUGUUUUCGUAUAACGGAACAAGCAAGAGAUCAAAACAUGCUCAAACACUCAAUGAAGCGCCCACCUCGUACACUGAUGUGACGGGAAAGGAAACCCAAUAUACCAUGAACUCACACGGUCAAGUCAUCCGUAUCUCCGAUCCAAAUCUUACCGUUGAUUUGACAUACGAUGCUUUGGGCCGACUAAAGACGAAAUCAGUGCGCGACCAAUCUUCGAAUUCAUCGCUAACCACCAGACUGAGCUAUGAUGAUUUCGGCAGAGAAAUCAAACGAACAAUUGCAGAUGGCUCGGGGGUCACAGUGGAGCUUUCGCAAACGUUCCAGAUAAAUGGUCUUCUGGCUACCCGUAGUACAAAGAAAAAUAAUGUUACAAUUCGAGACGAUCAUUUCGGUUAUGAUAACCGCAAUCGAUUGGUAAGCUAUAGGGCCACCGGUAAUAGCUUGCCCACCGACGCGUAUGGCAAUCAAAUGACCAGUCAAACAUACCAAUUUGAUGCUUUGAAUAAUUUGACUUCCGUAGCAACUACGUUUAAUGAUCGUUCUUCCAACACGGCGACGUAUCACUAUGAGAAUCAGAGCGAUCCGACUCAGUUGACAAAGGUCAAUAAUACCCACAGCAAAUAUCCAGCAAACGUUAACCUUAGUUAUGAUGCUGAGGGUCGAAUGACCCAUGAUGAAGCUGGCAGAACAUUGUCCUAUGAUGCGAUGGGUCGGUUGAAGAGUGUCAUCGAGAAAAAUGGACGCACAAGUAUAUAUGGAUAUGAUGCAUUGAGUCGAUUGAUUACACAAAAAAUCGGUGACAAUGAUAUUCGCCACUUGUACUAUCGUGGCACAGAGCUGGUGAACGAAAUAUUUGUAUCCAAACAUCGCGAGACUCGCCUCAUUAAAUCUGGCCAUUCAUGCUUCGGUAUAAUCGAUGGAGACCAUCUUACGCUAACUGGAGCAGACAAAAAUGAUAGUUUGUUGAUGUCGACGAAUAGCAAAAAGGAUGCUGGUAAUGCCCAACUGCAUGCUUGGUCGCCGUACGGCAACGGUGAGACCGACAGUUCAUUGCCCGGUUUUAAUGGUGAACGCAUCGAUCCUUCUAGUGGAAUGUAUCACUUGGGAAACGGUUACCGAGCUUAUAACCCGGUUCUAAUGCGAUUCAAUUGUCCCGAUAGCUUGAGUCCAUUUGGAGAAGGGGGAAUCAAUGCUUAUGCAUAUUGUGCAGGGGAUCCAAUAAACCACACCGAUCCAUCAGGCCACUUGAGUUGGCAGGCAAUUACUGGAAUUGUGAUGAGCGCAAUUGGCAUUGCCUUCUCUGUUUUCACUGCUGGCGCAUCAAUCGCAGCGGCUGGAGGAGUGAUGGCCGCGAUCGCUUCUGCAUCCACUACUUCGUUGAUUGUUGGUGGCUUGGGAAUCGUAUCGGACGUUACGAGUAUAGUAAGCGGUGCAAUGGAAGACACUUCACCAGAAGCAUCAGGUAUACUCGGUUGGGUGUCUUUAGCAACAGGGAUUGCUGGUAUGGCUAUUGGUGUUGCCAAGGGUGGUACCAAAGCAUUACAAACCUAUCGGGCUGCUCGAAGUGAAGCUAAAGAAGGCCUAAGAAACUUGAAUGAUCCCAAUUAUGUUAAUCAGCUAAGAAGAAUGGCGCAGAAACAUAAGAUGACAGAUCUGGAUAGAUUACCUCAACCUAGACAAGCACCACGUGGAACCAGACAAGCUGCAGAUGCUUGGCACAGAGAAAAAGUUGGAAAUUAUUUCAAAAUUGGUUCGGAUGUUACAAUAAAUGGCAAUGAUGUCAGAAAAGAAAUAGACAAGAUGAUACACCUUGCAACGCCAGAUAAUCCAAUUAUCAUUCUUACUGGUGGACAUGGCAAUCAACUUGGUCUCAACUAUAAAAUGGCGAGUAAUGGAAAAAUUGUAAGAGAUGAUCGUUUGCUUCAAACUGCAUUUUAUGCCGAAGAUAUGGCAAAGUGUGCUAGCCAAAGAGUACGUGUAUUAGAUAUGCAUAAAAUUCCUUUCAGUCAGAUAGCGAGAUACAUUCAGGGUGACCACCAUGUCAUAAUGGGUUUCUGUUUUGGUCGCAAUGAUGCAGCUUUAAGAUAUUUAUUAAAUUUGCCCCCAGUCACAUCGUUUGUAUAAAAAUUGUGAUUUGAUCAUGAUUUGAUUGAGUAGCAUGCUAAAUUGUCAAGACAAAAUAUUGAAAAAAUGUUUGAGAAAAACAUGCAUUUGAAUAUAUUUCUAGAAGUAAGAAAAUUUUUAGAACAAAUCAAAUUGAAACGAAUGACUGUACUAAUGAUAAGAAACUUACUUGAAAAAAAGAUUUAAAAAAAAAGUUUUUAAUGCUGAGAACACACCGAUUGAGAAAAUAAUUAUGGCAAAAAUCAAAAA